AAAAGGAAAUUCUGAGCGCAUGCGCAGAUGCGCGAGUUUUGUUUGAAGUGAAUUGCUGCUCGGAACUGCCCUACAAGCUGCAAAGUCGCCAAGCAUUUGGUUUCUACAGCACACCUUUCUGAUUUCCUCAGGUGUUUUUCGUUCUUCUGUGCAUCGCAGAGACGAUGUUAGGCCAUCAUUAUCAGAAUGCGGACAAGUCGCAGCAACUAGUCAACUAUGUGGAGGAUUAUCUGGAAUGUGUGGAGUCCCUGCCUUUGGACAUACAAAGAAAUGUUUCCCUGCUUCGAGAAAUUGAUGCAAAGUAUCAAGAGGUGCUGAAAGAGGUGGACGAAGUGUUUGAGAAGUACAAAUUUGAGCAGGACACGGCUCAGAGAAAGCGGCUGCAGGUCCAGCUUCAGAGAGCGUUGAUCCUCAGCCAGGAGCUGGGAGAUGAGAAAAUCCACGUGGUGACUCAGAUGACUGAGCUGGUGGAAAACCGUUCCCGCCAGAUGGACACUCACUCCCUCUGUCUCCAGGAGCCCGGCGAAGCCGAGCGGCUACCCACGGAGCGGCGGUCCAGCAUCCAAGAGCCCCCUGCCCCUGAGCGCACCUCCAACCGGCGGCCACGGCGCCAGCGGAAUAGCGAGAGCCGCGACUCCACCCACACGUCUGCCAACGGCUCGCUGGUGGACGACCCUGUGGACGAACUGCCUCUCCCGCCACCGCGAGAAAAGAAGUCCAAGUCUUCGAAGAAGAAAAAACGCAAAUCCAAACAGGAGAGAGACGCCUCGCCAGUUGACUUUACCAUCGAUCCCAAUGAGCCCACCUACUGCCUCUGUGAGCAGGUGUCUUACGGCGAGAUGAUCGGUUGUGACAACGACCAGUGCCACAUUGAGUGGUUCCACUUUUCAUGUGUGGGCCUCACCUACAAACCCAAGGGAAAGUGGUACUGUCCUAAAUGUAGAGGGGACAAUGAAAAAACUAUGGACAAAAGCCUGGACAAGAACAGAAAAGAUCGCAGGUCCAGGUAGUGACUCACCUGGAAGUCGUCUUCAGCCGGAGGAAAGAACAAGUGCUGUUUCAGCACAAAUGAACACAUAGCAGCUGCACUUAGAAAUCAAGAACAUCAAUGAACGAAGUGAUUCUGAUGGUUCCAAACAGCCCGCAGCAGCCUGCAGGAACUGCCCUCUUCCACACAAUUGCUGUUUGUAAGAUUUAUUUUAAUUAGAUUCAAAGUUUAAUUUUAACCUGAUUCAAGUAUGAAGACGAUGAAAGCUUCUUUAGAUUGACUUAAACCUUUUUGCUCUGGACUACAUUCUUAUGAAGAAGGAUAACCCAGCUAAUGGUCAUGAGGUUCUUCAGGUUUGGUCAAAUCUUUUUUUUUUUUUUUUUCUUUUUUUUUAAACAGUCUCUCUUCUUUGAGUCUGGUUCAGACUGCCUUCAUACAUUGGUGGCUUCUAAAAGAAAUGGCCUUAAAAGUGAAAUAUGUUAAUUAGAGACUCUUAAUUUAAUUAGUUAAUGACAUUAUUGAUGGGACAUUGAUAUAAAGUUGUUUGUUUCCAGUGGUUUUCUAUUACCAUUAUGUAUAUUUCAUUUUAUACCUAUUAAAACAAUCAGUGGUCACUAA